AUGGUACCACAAUCUUUACAAACUGGCUCAGAUGAGCCUCUUUCAGUUACACAAAACCUUCUAGAUUUUUUUCCUGCUGUUCGGCAAUCUUUUGAUCAGACAGAUGACCUGGAUGCACUAGAUCGUGUGGCACGCGCCGUACGUGAACUGGAUGACGGAUACCGAGCAACAAUCCAAGGUAAUCAGACAGUAGUGCGAACGCUCUCUAGAACUUUUGAACUUCUGCGUGCAAGUGUACUAGACAAAGAGUCAGUGAUUGUGAAUGGUCUUCAAGAAAACAGUAGGAAAAAAAUUAACAAAAAUGAGGACAAUGAUAUAGAUAUAGAUGUGGAAAAUAAGGAGGAAGAUGUCCAAGAUGCACCAGAAGUAGUUGUUUUACAGAGCUUAGAUCGUAAAAAAUAUGAAUUGGCAAAACAUAUCAGCAGUCUAGAAACAUCAAAUACAGCUAGUAAUACAACUCUCAUAAAGCUGAAUAAAGAACUCGAGAAUUUAAUUAAAGAAGAUGUAUUAGAUACGUCAGUGAAAACCUUGCAAACAAGCUCAAUUCUUAAACUGAAAGUUCUUCAGUCUUUAGGAGUAUCUUUUGAUGGAGAUAGUCCUGAAACGCAUACUAAAGCACUCAUUCAUUCACCUCAAUCAAAAGGCAUUCAUACAUUACCUUUGGGUGAAUACUCGUCCUAUUUCAUUUCUAAUUACAUCUGGGAAAAUUUAUGA